AUGGAACCUUUUAGUAAUUGGGAGGAAGUUGCUACUUCCAAUCCUUCGAAUAGAGUACCUUUACCUCAUGAAGAUUUUGAUCAAUAUUUUACUGGAUAUGCCGAAGUGGACAAUAUGUUCAACGAAACGUUAACGGGCCUACAAGACUUGGACGUACCUUCUGGUUUUGUAAACCAAGACCUAAAACAACAACAGGACUUACAAAGUGGAAGUGGUCAGAUUAAACAUAGCCGGGGAAUGAGUGGUACAGCCAUUUUUGGGUUUGCUGAACAUAACCGAGAGUUAUCUAUAUCUGGCUUGACAGGUGAUUUGUACAAGGCAGCGAAACCAUCGAUGGACAUGGGAAAAUCGAUUUCUCCAGGACAAUUGGUCAACUCGUUAAAUGGCCAAGCAGAGCAAGUCGGUUUACCUUCAGUAGCAUUGGAUUUUAACUUCCCUGGUGAAAUCCAAAAGCCAUUACAUUUUGCAGAAGAAGAAGAGUAUGAAUACGAACAAGCAAAAACGAAUAAGAAAGAUUCAAAGCAGGACUAUAUUGUUACAAAUAAAAACCCUAAAUCGUACAAAUUCCCACCAUCCCCUAGUCUGCCACCAGCCAAGGAACCUGAACCAGCAAUCGACCCAAAACAGUUCAAAUCUGUUAAUCAAUACUCCGUUAAGUAUUUACAGGAACUUAAUAAAUUUAACGGCGUAUCAUCUCCGAAGCCAAAACAGGUAACAUAUGCUGAUGAUAUUGGACCGUUAUUAGAAAAAGGAGCUGAAAAUGAACCCAUUGUGUAUACUAAUCCCUCAACGGGAGAGUAUACCAACCUUCCAGCAUCCCAUCAGUCCACUCCUUUCAAUAAUCAUACAUUAUACAAGUAUAUCCCCAUUCCAACUCAGAAUCCCACAUUAUUCUCAAAUUCAACUCAAGAUCACAGAAAACUAGAUCAAAAGGAAUUUCCAUUGAAUAUUAAGAAUAACCCUAAUGCAUACUUACCACCACCAUCAACACCAGGUUUAACAAAUGGUUCCCCCGAUUGGAAUUCUUCGCCAGAACCACAAUCCCCUUCUCCUAGUAGGGCUGUUUUAAACUCUUAUCAGAAUAAUUCAAGAUUCUCAUCACCAAUUCGUCCUCAUAUGAGAAACGGCAGAAAUGAUUUCUAUACUCCACAAUUUUUUUCUGAUGAUAAUGGUAACUUAACUGAUAACAAUAUCUUGAAAAACAAUGCCCCAAGUGAACAAAGUUCUUCUCCUGUUUUUCAUCAGACCCUUAAUUCAUCUCCAAUUAAAUUCUAUACUAGCCCAUUAAGAAAUGCCCCACCAACUGAAGAUGAUACCAUGGAUGCGAAUGCAACAAUCACUCAAUUAACUCCAUUGAAAAGCCAAACUCCAAUGACUCCAUCAAAGAAUAGAGUAACAUUGGAAUGGAGUCCAAUAAUUUCUCCAAAUGCGAAAUCUUCAAAAGAUGUAAAGAAGGCACUUAAAGAAUCUUCUCCUAAAAGAAGAGUUAAAAAGACAUCUUUAUUACCUCCAGGUGAACUAGAUCAAUAUUGGGACGGCCCUGAUGAACACAAGGUAUUUACUUGCACCUAUAAAAACUGUGGAAAGAAAUUCACCAGAAGAUAUAAUGUUAGAUCUCAUAUUCAAACUCAUCUUAGUGAUAGGCCGUUUGCAUGCUCGUAUUGUCCAAAAAAGUUUGUAAGACAGCACGAUUUGAAUCGACAUGUAAAAGGACAUUUGGAAGCACGGUAUUGCAAAUGUUCAUGCGGCAAAGAAUUCACAAGGUUGGAUGCAUUAAGAAAACAUAGAGCUAGAAAUAUAUGUGUUGGUGGCAUUGCAAGCCAUGAAAAUCACUGCAUUACAAAGCCAUCAAGAAAAGAUAAGGUAGAAAUUUUAGAUGACAUGACUUCCGAAAGGCUUUCUGAAGAUAUACAGGCUAUUUUGCCUACAAUAGAAAGUUCGUCGCCUGAUUGA